CACUCCUUCACUUUUUCCCUCUUAUUGGUUGAAUUCUUGGUCAGCACAAACAAAAACUGAUAGGGAAAGUUUUCAUUCAUCUCUGUCAAACCAUAAUCUCAGGUGUUGUUUUUGUUCUUCUUUUCUUCCUUAUACACUUUCAUCAAAAUCUUAACAAUUCAUUUUUCACCUUUCUCUAGAUAUUAGGGGUUAAUUUUUCUAAAUAUGAAACCAUUUACCAUUCUUGUAUUUUUCUUAAUCAUCUUUUUUUCCAUUCCUUUCAAUUAAUUAAAAACAUUUAACAAUAUAAAUUAAGAUUUUCAAAAUCAAUUAAGAUUUCUCAUGUGUUGAACAAAUUGAAGUUAAUACCUAUAUUAUGUAAAGGCAUAUAUUCUCAUGAAUUUUAAAAAUGGAAAAAUUUAAAUUUGUUGAUGAUUAAUUUGUUUUUUUCUAUGUAUUAAAUUUUUUAUUUUUUUUUGUAGUUGGUAAAUUCAUGCACAAGGUAAAGAUUGCCGUUGGUUUGGUCAUUGUAGAUUUUGUUUUGAGAUGCAUUUUGCAUUUUGCAUAUACACGUUGAAUAUUUCUUUUUCUGUCUCAAAUCUGAAAAAAUUAAACUUCUCAAACACUUUUCCAUCAAAAAAUUUCCUUAGUUCAUGCAUGUUCUAAAAAUACCAGAAACCAACCAAUAGCAAGCAGAACCUAGUUUUUUUAUUUUCCUUUCUUUCUUGUUUUUUUUGUGCUAUAAAUACAAAGCAACUCUCUUCCAAAAACACACACAAGUUUUCCAAAAAAAAGUUUAAAGAAAAAAAAAAUGGAGCAGGGUGGGAGUUGUGGCGGUCGCGGUGGUGGAGAUGGACGAAGAGGUGAGAUGAAUAAGCAAGUUCCUAAUCAUCCUCAGGCUCAGAAGUGUCCUCGGUGUGACUCGUUCAACACCAAGUUCUGCUAUUACAACAACUAUAGCCUCUCUCAGCCCCGUUUCUUCUGCAAAACAUGCAGAAGAUACUGGACUCAGGGAGGGACAUUGAGAAAUGUUCCUGUUGGUGGCGGUUGUCGUAAGGGAAAGAGACCUAAAAACUCAGCCACAGCCUCUUCAAGUAAUUCCAUUGGGAAUUCUUCUCUAGCUUAUGCUCAUGCUCAAGCUCAUGCUCAGUCAGCGCUGCAACAGUCGACUGAUCAGUCGACUAUUGCUGCGCUGGCUAGAGAUCCUUCAGUUUUAGCUUCUCUUUCCUCCACUGUUCCUUAUUAUCAAGGUGGUGUUGGUUAUAUGUCAUCUUUUGCAGCGUUUAAUCCAGCUCUGAAUCCAAAUCUAUCAACACACAAUUAUAAUCCGUCUCUCGGCGGAGUUGGUGUUGGUGUUGGUUCUUCUUCAAAUUUGGGUCUUUUACAAGGCUUUAAUGCUGCUGCUGCUCUUGGAAAUUCAUCACAGGGACAAAACCGUCCAUCUCAGUUUUUUCAAAUGGGUGGUAAUUGUGGACCAAUGUUUACUUCAGAACAACAAGGUCUGAGUUUGCUUCCACCAUCUCUUUCCGGUUCGGGUUCCGCCGCUGAUAAUUGGCCUCAAAACUACAUCAACAAUACAAACAACACUAGAAUCCCCGAGCAAUCUCUGUGGAGUACUGUCAGCACCACUUCAAUUUCCGGAGUUAGUUCUGAUAGGAAUGGUGGCAGUGGCACCCUUGGUGGUAUUGGUAUCGGUAUCGGCAGCAGUAGCGGCGGAGACGGCGUUUCUGCUCCUCUGGGCCCAAAUCAGUGGCCUGAUCUUUCCGGAUUCAACCCUCAGUGAUGGAAGACAUACCUCUCAGCAAUUAUUCUGUUUUGUUUCAUGUUUUUGUUUAAAGUCAAAUUAUAUAUUAUAGAUAUAUUAUAUUAUAUAUAUUAUAUAUAGGCUUAUUAUAUAUACAGGGUUUUGUUAAAUGUUGAAUUAGUUAAUUUUGCAAACAUUGAACCCUUGAGUAUUUUUCUUUCAUGUUUUUAUUACCAUUAUUAGUAUUAUUAGUAUUACAACACAAAAAUUCUGGGUUGG